GCCGCGCCGGCUGCGGCCGGCCGGGCUGGGAGACCCGCGCAGGGGAGGUGAGGGGACCCGGCGGGCAGCUCUGCACGGACCGGGAAAUGAACGCUUGGGAAUCUGUCUGCGAGCGGACCCAUGAUCCAAGGACCAAAAGAGCCGCGUGAUCGCCCGACCUGGCCCUGCGACCCGAGACAUGGGCCAGACCUCGGUCUCCACGCUGUCCCCGCAGCCCAGCAGCGUUGAUGGACUGGACAAAGCUUCUAUAGCAAACUCAGAUGGCCCAACAGCAGGCUCCCAAACACCUCCCUUCAAGAGAAAGGGGAAACUCUCCACCAUUGGUAAAAUCUUUAAGCCUUGGAAAUGGAGGAAAAAGAAGACCAGUGACAAAUUUAGAGAAACAUCAGCAGUAUUAGAAAGGAAGAUUUCUACAAGACAAAGUAGAGAGGAGCUGAUAAGAAGGGGAGUUCUUAAGGAAUUGCCUGAUCAAGAUGGAGAUGUAACAGUUAACUUUGAAAAUUCAAACGGGCACAUGAUACCCAUCGGAGAGGAAUCUACCCGAGAGGAAAAUGUAGUAAAAUCUGAAGAAGGUAAUGGCUCUGUAGCUGAAAAAGCACCACCUCUGGAGGAAAAGGCAGAAGAUAAGAAAGCUGGUUCCUCUCAUUCAAGAAAAACAACUGGCUCCAAAGCAACAGCUUCACCGUCUACUUCCUCCACCUCAUCUCGUCCUAAAGCUUCAAAGGAGACAGUUUCUAGCAAAACAGGGAUGGUGGGACUCACAAAGGGCAAGAAAAAAACUGGCAAGCAGCCAACGUCUCAGCCGUCCUCAGAUGCAACCACUUCUGGCAUAUCUGACCUUAAAGGAGAGCCUUCGGAGACCAGGGUGGCGAGUCUCAAACCCGAGCAGACUGCCCCUGGCACCGAGGAGCAGACCACAGGCAGACCCAAGUCCGCAGUCCCUCUGCCCGCUGUGGCUCCAGCACCUCCUGCCCCCACCCCUCCUCCUGCUCUGGAGGAGCGGAGUGUUGUUUCCUCAGACAUGCCUGUCGUCCUGGUCAGCAACGGAGCCGAGCUGCCCGCCCCUGCCUCAGACCCAAGUCAGCUUCUCUGGACUGAAGAGACGACAGACAGCACCACUGUCCACUCAGGCACUGGCUUAAGUGUUAGCAGAGAAAAUGCAAAAUGUUUCACAACCAAAGACGAGCUGGGGAAGGCAGCGCCUCAGCUCCUGACUCCUGGGCUGAUGGAAGAAUCUUCAGAAUCCUUCAGUGCCUCAGAGGACGAAGGCCAAAGGGAAUACCAGGCCAAUGACUCUGACUCUGAUGGGCCUAUCUUGUACACCGAUGACGAUGAUGAUGAAGAGGAUGAGGACGAGGAUGGCAGUGGAGAAAGUGCUUUGGUAAGUAAAAUACGACGAAGGGAUACCCUUGCUAUCAAACUCGGCAACAGACCGUCUAAGAAGGAAUUAGAGGACAAAAACAUCUUGCAGCGGACCUCUGAAGAAGAGAGGCAGGAAAUCCGACAGCAAAUUGGAACUGAGCUUGUCAGGAGACUUAGCCAGAGGCCCACAACUGAAGAAUUAGAGCAAAGAAAUAUCCUGAAGCAAAAGAAUGAAGAAGAAGAGCAAGAAGCAAAAAUGGAACUUAAACACAGACUCAGCAGAAAGCUCAGCCUGAGACCCACAGUGGCAGAGCUGCAAGCUCGAAGGAUCCUGCGGUUUAAUGAGUAUGUAGAAGUCACCGAUUCACCUGACUAUGAUCGCCGGGCAGACAAGCCCUGGGCCAGGUUAACACCUGCAGACAAGGCGGCAAUAAGGAAAGAACUAAAUGAAUUUAAAAGUACAGAAAUGGAAGUUCAUGAAGAGAGUCGACAGUUUACCAGGACACAGUUUUCAUUGCGACCUCCAGUUUAUGAACAUGACUGGUCUACUCACCUUCAUCAGCAUUUUGGGGUGGUGGGGGUUCUAAAGAAUGAACAAUAA